GCUUUGUGUGAAGGGGUGAACCGUAACGCUCGGCUCGGGUUGCGGGUCUCGGUUCGGGUGUUCGGUUCUUCCAGAGCAGCGGAGGCUGCUCCGUGUGGACCGGGGGUCUCGGUUGGUCCAGAGAGGCGGGUGGAGGCGCUGCGGUGACCGGGGGUCUCGGUUCGCUCAUCCAGUUCGCCCGGAGGCGGAUCAUCAUGGAGAGCUGCAGCUUCCAGAGCCAGCUGCUGUCCGUGGUGGAGGUGCUGGCCCAGGCGGCCGUGGCGGAGAUCAACCGCCGCGUGGACGACGGCUGCGCGGUGCUGCGGCUGGAGGUGAGCCACAGCCGGCGGGACAUCGACCUGCUGAAGAGGAAGUGUGAGGCGAUGGAGGCAGAGCUGAGGAGGAGGAAGAUCCGAGCCAGGAGAAGAGUGUUUCACCCUCCAGCCGCCGACAGAUUCCCCCCGUUAGUCAAAAUAGUGCUGAACAAAGAGGGACAGAGCUCCGAGUGGGACAGCCACGUGGAGCCGGAGACCCCCAGCGAGCCCCCGCAGGGUGCAGACAGGGAGUCCUCUCCGGCAGACGACCACAUACUGAUCAAAGAGGAGAGCGCAGAGGAGGACGCGUGGAGGAACGACACCGAGGACAAGAUGAGCGACUUGUCGGGAGCUGAGCAGCUGCCGGACUUCCCGGCCUCGCCUCACGUCCAGGCGGACGGCUUCGCGGAGCAUUACCGCUCCGCUGAAGACCCGGCCGACCCCGCCUCCCCGGUGUCCCCGGCGGACGGCUUCGACGCCUUCCCGGAGCGGCGGAGCGAGGCCGACCUGGUGGUGAAGCUGGAGUCGGAGGACAAGCCCGACGAGAACGCGGCUCCUCUGGAGACGGACGAGUUCGCCACGGAGGAGGACGAAGCCCAGCUGUGGAUGAGCGGCUUGUGCAGGGACGGCGGCGGCCCGAGCGUCUCCUACGGCGGGCCGCCGUUCCCGCAGAUCCCCGCCGUGUUCGCGUCUCAGGGCGGUUUGCUUCUGGACGGCGCGGGGUCCAGGGUUUACUCGGGGGUCAAGUCGCAGUCCGUGCUGAUGAGCGCGGCGCGGGCGAAGCGCCGGGCGCUCACGUUCGCGUGCCGGCGCUCGCAGCCAGAGGAAGGCCACGGCGCUCUGUCCGAGGUCAACUGCUCCGGCCCGAGCCCGAUCCCUCAACAGAACCUGCACCGAGACGCCGCGUCUCACCCGAGCCACCCGGACGACCAGGACCCGAUGGCGCCGGUCCCCACGGGCCACCUGUACGGCCGCUCCGGCUUCGGCCUGGUGCGCAGGAUGCGGACGCCGUGGCGGCCCGGCCUGGGCGAGAAGCGCUUCGGCUGCUCCUUCUGCGACAAGACCUUCAUGAGGUUCAGCCAGCUGAAGGAGCACCUGCGCAGCCACACGGGCGAGAAGCCGUACAGCUGCGCGCAGUGCGGCCGCAGCUUCACCAAGCAGUGCAACCUGAUCCGCCACGCCGUGGUGCACAGCGGCGAGAAGCCCUACCAGUGCGCCAUGUGCGGCAAGUGCUUCACCCAGAGGUCCAGCCUCAAGUCCCACCAGAAGUCUGCACACUAGGCUCUCCGCCGCCCGGCAGCACGCACUUCCAGCCGCAUGAUCGCCAUGGCAACCAUGAAACACUCGUAGCUGCCUGAGGCAACGAGUGUAGAUGGAUGAUUGACAAUACACAAUACACUAACACAGCUCAGAAAAGCAGCUCCUUAAAUCCACUCUGAAAGACUUUACUUUAAAAUCAACAAACUGGCAGAUAAAGUAUUUAUACUUUAUUACUGUAUUUAGUUAGUACUGCUUCUUUAGUAUGUACUUCUGAACACUUUUGACUUUUUAUCACAAAUAUUGUUGUAUUUGUGUCCCUACUUUUUUUUUUUUUUACCUCCACAGAUGUUCAGAGUUAUGUCAAAGCAGCAGAUUGACUGUUUUUAUUCAUGAAAUGCUGCAAAAGUCAUUUCUAUGAUUUAUUGAAAAUAUCCACAGUGACGUUCACCGUGCAUUUUAAAAUGAAAUAAGUACUUCUUCCAGUACCAGGAGAUCCUCAGAUGGAUAAAGUGGUAUAAAAGUAAGAUUUUCGAUAAAUAUCCAGUGUUGCUAUUUAAAAAAACAAAAUCUUUACAUUUGGGCCGUUUGUGUAAAGACACACUUUAGAAGACUAAUAUACAGAAGAACUAAUAAUCUACAGAGUAUCUUUCUUUUGUUAUGAGUGACUUCUCUCCAGCUGUCCUUUGCUGUUUUUCUGAUCUCAACCUCGUUAUUUAUCCUGAAACUGAGUCUUCCUCCGAGUUGUUCGGGGUGGCUUGUGUGUGCAUUAUUCAGUUUUAUGACUUGCAAAGAGCUGUAGUGUGUGACGUUAACGGUUAGUCAUGAUCCCUCAACACCAGCUGAGUCUUUGUGGUUUCAUACAGUCCUGUUUGCAGCUCCAGCAAACUAUAGAAGCUGCGUUUUAUAAAAUUUAAUCUCCCCUUUUUCUUUCUCAGCUGAUUUUAUACCUGGUCUUUGUAUUUCAUGUAGUUUUUAAGUUAUUUUGUUUAAUUUGUGUCCAUGAAUUUGUUCCCCUGUGGUUGUUUUAAAGUACUUUAUUAAUAAAGAUGGAUUGAAUGAAUGGCUCCAAAAA